GUACCACGCCACAGUCUCAUCUAAGCCACAGCUAUGCGCACAUCCUCCCCAUAAUAGUCGAAAAUUUCACAUUCCCGCUCCCGUGAUAUGCGCAACGGCGCGACGCGAAACUUGUAAUUCGAACUCGCGAAUUAUUCGCAAUUUUGAUUUUAGAACAAUUUUUUUUUAUAAUUAUAUUUUUUCAUAUUUUCUGAAACUGUUGAAAAAAGUUGCAGUUGGCGGCAAACGGUAAAGUUGUCAGUGUUUGGUGUCUUAAAGUGCGUUUUAGACUUACUUAAAGGGCUUUAUAAGAUUUUUAUGUGUUGCAAUCGGUGUACCGAAAGAUUUUGUUCGUGUGAAGUGUUGUAUUUUAUUUUGUGCACAUUUUCAUUUGGAUUUUUAUUUGCCAAGGAAUUUUGAGACAAUAUGGAAAAUAUAGUUACGCGACAUGUCAUCAAAUAUCUCGUGCAUUGAUUUUUGGUAACACUGCAAUUUAUAAAAUUGUUAUAAAAACAAAGAUGCUGGGGUAUGCUCUAAGAAGAGUUACCUCAGUCAUCUCUUUUGCUCCUAAAGACAUCAGCUACAGCUCGGCUGACGACAGCCGGUGCUUAGAUAAGUAGAUUAUUUAAAAAAAAGAAAACAUUUUGGCCAACUGUUAAAAAAAUUAAACGAACGCAAGCUAUAAGAAAUAUAUUUCAAUAAUUUGAAACCAAACUAGUCAAGAUCAAUAGCAAUAGUAAGUUACCAAUAGCAGAAGUAAAAAACAGAGAUCUAGUGCCGCCGUACUGGAUACGCCACUGCGGUGGUAUGAUAUAUAUUGCAUCUUGGAUCGACUGUGCGCUGACUGGUCGCUACGUCACGUGGCUUCCCGGCGCGCGACUGCAGUGCUGGAUGCUACUAACUGUAUACACGUUACCACAGCUUGCCGUCUCUGCAAAGAUAUUGUGCCUCCUGAUGGUGGUGAUCUGCGGUGCGGUGCCAUCGAUGGUCCGGUCAGUUCGCCUCUACAGCCAGUGCUCCCACCUUUACGUCAACGUGUUCCCAAACGGCACCGUUAUGGCUCGCUCUGGUGGAAACGACCAGCCGAAUCUCACCAUCAGUACCCGUGGCUUCAGCCUAGAACUGCUCAUCCACUCCCCUAUUCAGGACAUGUACCUAUGCUUCAAUCGGUCCAAGUUAGUCGGCAGGCGAUUGACAAGAUUUCAAGCGGAGAGACAACCGAAUUGUUUAUUCAAAGAGGAAUUUGUGAACGGCUACAACAGAUAUCACCUGAUGAAGAACGAAGAUCGCUAUAUAGGAUUCAACAGGCGAGGCUUGCAGUUACGUCGAGGAAAGAGCCGCCUUCCAGAGCGUGUGCACAAGUGCUUGGACUUCAUGAAGGUGGCCCGUGGUGAUGACUUCAACUUGGACAGGCACAAUAACAUGCUUGCAGGAGACUUACCGAAAUGGCGGCCGCAGCGCAGACUCCGGCCCCCACCGCAGAACUCCAUCAAGCCACCGUGUCACGGCGUCCGCCACCACCACGGAAGGUAUCAGAGGCGAAAAAAUUGCGACGGAACAUAGGUGCCCCGUCGUUUCAUCACCAGCUCAUUUACGCUUCUACGCUUCGCGCGUUCCGUUGCCAGCUGUAGAUGGACAUUGUGAGUGGACAGAGUAUUAGUCAACUAUCGCAGUAUUAUUACAGUGACGAGGACUGGAUAGCGUUAGGUUAGGUGAGCCGCGGUGGCCGCGGCGUCGGCCCGCAUGAAUGGUAGCUGAUGCGAGAGAGCAAACAUUUGAAUGGGAGAAAAAGCCGAGCCGGAACGACCGACGUUCGGACCUGUGAAAUUCCUUAAGCUCGUGUAACAUCGUGGCGCUCGUUUGCUCUUGUGCCUACGGUCGGACUCGUGUUCUAAAAGGAAAAAAAGGUUUUCUGUAGAAAGAGCAAAUAGUAGUCUCGUCAGUCACGAGUCUUCCGACAGACCACCGCAGUUGGUGCGUGGAAGUGAUGCCGGUACUGAUAUCGGUACCAGCCCUCAAGCAAAGACACCAUCUCGACUGCGCGCACAGCGCAUUGUGACUUCAUAUUACCCACGAUUGUUCCGGAUGGCUCGCCAUAAGUGUAGCAAAAAGGCCUUUGCGUCAAUUCUCAGUGUGUUAUUAUUUAAAACGCUUUACUGUUAAAUUAAGAACCGAUCGUGUUACGCUUGUAAAUAUAAUAAAAUAAUUGUGUUUACUUAUUUAUCAAAAAAACGUUAAUCAGAAAUUUAUAAACGUAGAUGUUAGUUGUAAAGUUGUAUUAAAAUGUUUUGUAUUUAAUUAUGGGUAUUUAAUCUAUCCUACCAACCGCUCUCUUGUGAUUAGCCACAGUUGAUAUAACCUAGAUUUCUUUAACUUCAUAUAAUGAAACAUUUCCUACUAACGUUCAUAAUGUGAAUAUUGUUCUGUUUUGAUUGCAUGGUUUCACGAGUUUCUGUAUAUAUUAUUUUAAGAGUUCGACAGGGAGCGAUAGAUUUUUGAAUCUCUCUAUGUUUUUGAAUCAGUACUGACUGGUAUUCUCGAUUUUUCAUAAAGGGACCCAAUACUUUGUCGCCUAAUUUUCCUAGAUAACAAUACAAUGUGGUGAUUCAAUUUUACUAAUAUCCAUUCCAGCAAUCCUAUUAAAUAGUGGAACUUAUACCUAAUGUUAACAUAUUAAGAUCUGUGCCAUAGUGUGGUGGCAGUGUACGACUUUGCGUUGGCAAUGUAGUGUUUUAAGUUUGUCUGUAAACUAUGAGUAGAUAAAAGAUAUAUAACAUAAGGAAAUAUAAUAACUGAAUUAAAUUAUUGUACGCUUUUCAUGUCGGGAUAAAAAUAGUAUAUAAAACGUUUAAAAUCGAAAUAUUCUAGAAAUUACCAUCAUUAUUUAAUUUACUUUAAAAAAAAUUCAGUGACAUUGUUUUCUUAUUAUAAAGUAACUAUUGAUAUCUCGAUAUGGAAAUUAUGAAAAAACCAAUCAAACAUUAGUAAAAUGUGUUACUGUAUUCUGUAUGCCAUAUAGAUAUACAAUUGUAUUAAGAGCGAAGGUUAUUAAAAUAUUUUUCUCCAUAGUUUCAUAUUUGAAUGCAUUCGGUUGCCUGUAUGAAUGAUUUAUAUUAUCGAAUAAAUUUUACUGGUAUACUUUGUCAGUGUUAAAGUCAUAUUACAUUCCUCCUGUAUUCCAUAUAAUUACAUUUGAAGACGUUAUGACAUUCCAAACAACAAGUUAAACAAAAUAAAUAUGCGCUUAAAUAAAUAAUGAAUUUUGUUGAAUAGUAUGACACUAUACUGUAUUACUGUGUCUAAUUAUAAGUAUUCAGACGCUGAACGAAAUCGUGUAAUUGCUAAGAAAAAUUACGAAAUUAAAUAUUUAACUCGCAA